AUGAAGACCAAGGAGCUCUCCAAACCGGUCAGGGACAAAGCUGUGGAGACUUCUAUCCUGUCGGUGAAAUGUUUCAGUGAAUUUGUGUGUCUCGUCUCUUCUCCAGGUUGGCUGUCGUUGUUUGGCAACAGUCUCGUGAUAUUGGUGCUGUACAGACAGAGGGCCUCCCUGCUGCCUACAGACUUCCUCACGUUGAACCUGGCUAUCUCGGACGCGAGCAUCUCCAUGUUCGGGUACUCCAGAGGGAUUUUGGACAUCUUUAACCUCUUCAGAGAUGACGGCUUUUGGAUCACCUGGUUCUGGACCUGCCAGGUUGAUGGCUUCUUCACCUUGUUGUUUGGCCUGGCCAGCAUCAACACCCUGACUGUCAUCAGUGUCACCAGAUACAUCAAGGGAUGCCAGCCUAACAAAGCCUACUGCGUCAGUUUAAGCACCAUCUGCAUCUCUCUAAUGUUCAUCUGGGUUGGAGCUUUGUUCUGGUCUGUCGCUCCACUGCUGGGCUGGGGCAGCUACACAGACUGCGGGUACGGGACCUGUGAGGUGGACUGGUCCAAGGCUAACUACUCCACCAUCUACAAGUCCUACAUCAUGUCCAUCCUUAUCUCCUGCUUCUUCGUCCCGGUCAUGGUCAUGGUGUUCUCCUAUGUAGCCAUCAUCCAUACAGUGGUGAGCAGCAACGCCAUGUCUGCUGAUGGAUACCUCUCAGCCAGACAGAGGAAGGUGGAACGAGACGUCACGAAGGUCUCCAUAGUGAUCUGCACAGCCUUCAUCAUGGCAUGGUCUCCCUAUGCUGUGGUCUCCAUGUGGUCUGCCUGUGGUUACCACGUCCCCAACAUGACUUUAAUCUUCACCCGUCUCUUCGCUAAAUCCGCCUCCUUCUACAACCCCCUCAUCUACUUCGGAAUGAGUUCUAAGUUCCGUAAGGAAGUCUUUGUGCUGUUGCCGUGUUACGGUGGCUCCGCCCACAAGGAGGUGGUCCGCCUCAAGAACUUCCAGGAGCUUGACGAGCUGAAGCUGAAAGGCCAUCCCGAGGCCACGACCCUUCCUGUGAUUCCUGUGAUCUCACUUCCUCUGCAGUCAAGAGAGGCGAAAUAUAGUGAAGAAGAGAUGUCGCAGACAGAGGGUCCCGUGGCUCAGGAUUCAGACUCAGGGGUGAAUAGUCCAUCCCACACGCCGCCUACUGUCAGUCAGGAGUCACUCUACUACAUACCCAAUGUACCCCUUACCCCCUUACCCAGCAUGCACUCUGAGAUGCCAGAGUACGAGAGUGAAAGACUCUAAAAAUCUCUAAAUGUGUAUCCAAAAUGGCACCUUACACUAUUAGAGAGAAAGGUGCUAUCUAGAACCUAAAAUGUUUCUACGUGGAAAAGAUAUGCGUUCUCCAAUGAGGACAGAACCCUUUCACAACCUUUUUUUCUAACAGUGUACGCGUUCAAAAUAGAACCCUGUUCUCUACAUAGUGCACUACUUUUGACCAGGCCCUAUGGUAGUACGUAGGGAAUAGUGUGCCAGUACAGAGACUAGGGUGUCACUACAGAGAAUAGGGUGUCCCUGUAUAGGGAAUAAGGUGUCACUAUGUAGGGAAUAGAGUGUCACUAUGUAGGGAAUAAGGUGUCACUAUGUAGGGAAU